CCGCUGCUGCUGCUGCUCGCGAGCGCCCGGUGGCGGUGUCUCGACCGGACGAGGAAGAAGGGGAGCCGCCGUUGCGCGGCCGCCGGCUCUGAUGGCUCCUCGCGCCCCGGGCGGGAAAGAGACACAGCAGUCGCCGCGGUGCGAGAGGGAAGGGGGCAGCAGGUAUCUGGGAAGUGACGUGGUAUCCGCGCCCCGCGAGAAAGCACAACGGUGCGGUUGUCGUGCGUUUCGCAGGAGGGCAGGAGCGGGAAGGGGAACAUGGCCGCGCAGUCGGACGGCGGCAAAGCCGGGGUCGGGUGCGGCGGCGGUGGUUUCGCCCAGCUGUACGAUGUUGACGCCGAGGAGCCGCUGGACUCCGCUGCGAUCCACAUCUGUCAGUGCUGCCGCUCCUCGGCUUGCUACUGGGGCUGCCGCUCAGCCUGCCUCGGCUCUCUGCUUGGUGGGGGCCAGCCUGCCGGAGGGGUCGGCAUCCGGGAGACUCACUGCCCGCCCCGGGAGCAGCUGUGGCUGGACUGCCUCUGGAUCAUCCUCGCCCUCCUUGUCUUUUUCUGGGACGUUGGCACGGACCUGUGCUUGGCGGUGGACUACUACCGGAGGCAGGACUACCUCUGGUUCGGGCUCACUCUCUUCUUCGUACUGGUGCCGUCGGUGCUGGUCCAGAUUCUGAGUUUCCGCUGGUUUGUGCAGGACUACACCGGCGGGGGGCUUGGGGAGGUGGAGGGGCUGACCAAGCGGGGCGCGGUGGCUUUGGGGUGCCUGUAUCCCGGCAGGGACCGCCUGCAGCUGGCCACCAUCUGGCUGUGGCAGGCCACCAUACACAUCCUCCAGCUGGGACAAGUGUGGAGGUACAUCAGGACGCUGUAUCUGGGCAUCAUGUCGCGUCGGCAGAAGGAGCACCAGCGGCGGUGGUACUGGGCCAUGAUGUUCGAGUACGCAGACGUCAACAUGCUGCGGCUGCUGGAGACUUUCCUGGAGUCUGCGCCUCAGCUGGUCCUGCAGCUCUGCAUCAUGAUCCAGGAGAACCGAGCCGAGACGCUGCAGUGCAUCUCCUCCCUGGCCUCCCUCCUGUCUCUUGCCUGGGUCCUGGCCUCCUACCACAAACUGCUGCGAGACUCUCGUGACGACCAGCGCAGCAUGAGCUACCGUGGGGCGCUGCUGCACCUCUUCUGGCGCCUCUUCACCAUCUCCUCUCGCGUCCUCUCGCUUGCCCUCUUCGCCUCCCUCUUCCACAUCUAUUUUGGCAUCUUUGUGGUGCUCCACUGGUGCGCCAUGGCCUUCUGGGUGGUGCACGGAGGCACCGACUUCUGUAUGUCCAAAUGGGAGGAGGUGCUGUUCAACAUGGUGGUGGGUAUCGUCUACAUCUUCUGCUGGUUUAACGUGAAGGAGGGCCGGACGCGGUACAGAAUGGUGGCGUACUACACCGUGGUGUUGGCUGAGAACACCAUCCUCACUGGGCUGUGGUAUGCCUACAGGGACCCGGUGCUGACUGACUCCUACGCCGUCCCCGCCCUGUGCAGCGUCUACCUGACGUUCGCUGGGGGUGUCCUGGUCAUGCUGCUGUACUACGGCUUCCUGCACCCCACCACUGCCCAUCUCCAGCCAAGCCCCGCCUCGUCCUGCUGCGCCCAGCUGCUCUGGGGUCUCCCUCUACCCCCGUCUGCCCCGCCUACCGCCCCGCCCACCCCGGCCCAUAUGACCAAGUCACAGACAGAAGAGGAUGUGGCCGAGACGUGUCUUCCCGUCUUCCAGGUGAGGUCGGCACCCCCCACCUCCAAGCCAGAGGGCCCGCUUAUAAAAAUCGACAUGCCCAGGAAGCGUUACCCAGCGUGGGACGCCCACUACGUAGACAGGCGCCUGCGGAGGACUAUAAACAUCCUGCAGUACAUAACGCCAGCCGCCGUGGGCAUCCGCUACCGUGACGGACCCCUACUGUAUGAACUGUUGCAGUAUGAGUCCUCACUCUGACACACACAGACACACACACACCAGUACACAUCAGCACAUGUGCCACCAUAAAGAGAUAUGUAUGUAUACGUGGAUGUUCAGAUUUAGAGAAGAUUUAGAAACACACACACACACACAGUGUCGCACUUGGUAUAAGCACACAGACACAAAAGCAAUCUGUUACACUAUAAUGCGCACACACACUCACAACACAAACACACACACACACACACACACAUUCCUUGCGGGCACUUACAACCUGCGAGUCCCCAUGGCCAUGACUCAACAAGCUGCUUCAGCGCGAGUCCAUCUCUCUCCCUCUCUCUUUAUCCCUCUGUCUCUCUAUUUCCAGCUCCUCUAAUCGCUCUUCAUUUGGUCUCAUUUCUUUAAUUUCACACGUCCGUGCUCCGCUGUGAAGAAAAAAAAACACAAAAGUUAAAAAAAAAAAGAGAAAGAAAAAUGAGCACAGUCUCACGCCACAAUCUUUGACCACCGCAUGCCAUUUACGUUGCGUCGCUCACACUUUCACGGGUUUCAGUAGAAUAAAAAGAUGUGACAAAGAAAGACCAAAUGUCACUUUUAAUAAAAGGCGUUUGUGAACAUGUUGUCGUUAGUCUAGUUAAAAGAUAGUGUAUAUAUUUUCUAUGUACAGAAGGGAUGUUUUUUUAUGUACUGUUACGUUGUCGACUGGGGACAAAACAGUUGGACGCGUCAUUUUUUUGGGGGGUUGGUUGACAAGGCUACCGGGAAGAGUAGCAGAGCAUGAUGGGAAAGAUGGAGAUACUGGCUUAGAAUUCACACUCAAAUUAAAAACUUGUUAAGUCUCAUAUUUGUUAACUAUGGAGCUAGAGCCCGGACGGAGUCACGGGGAAAGAAGGGGAAGAACGGGCAGUUUUGUGCUGUGACGCUGACUAGUCUGGGCUAAUUUGUCACCUGGCUGCAGCUUCAUACUGAACCAACAGAUAAAAGAGUGGUGUCGGUUUUCUCAUCUAACUCUCGGCCA